GUGCGAGUUGCGCUGAACUUGGAAUCGAACAGGCCGAUGGACGUGGACCUGCGGCAGAAGUUUGAGUUUCUCUGCCAGAUCAAUGAGCUCGAGGCCGCGAUGGCGCUCCUCCAUACGCUCAAUGCCAUGGGCAUCGAGCUCCAGCCCUCGGACCGCGAGCAUCUUCGGUUCGUCUUUGCCGUGCUCCGCGACAGAGUCCGCAAGGUCUCGGACCGCGUCGACGACCUGCCGAGCCAGCACGACGAGACGCUCGAGAUGUAUGACCGCGUGAUGGAGGACGUCACGCCGUUUGGCUCGCUCCAGCAUGAGCACCGCCUUCACAUUACGAUCCAAUACAUUGUAGCGCCGAUGCACUGGCAUGUCGCGGCCGAUUCGACGGCCCGCUUCGUCAUGCCUCUCGACUACCGAACGCUCCUCUCGCCGUACAUGGAGCCCUCAGUGCCCGACGCUGUGCGCCAGCACGCCGCGUGCUUUCGCAAGGCUGUCGGACGCGUCCUCAAGGCGACGGGGCCAGCGCUGGUCGAGCUCAAGGAUCUCUGCAUCAAGUACCCGGUCCUGUCGUUCCAGCGCAACACGAUCCGGUUCUUGAACCGCGCCGAGGACCACUUGCUCGGCGGCGACGCGAUCGACGACACGCUCAACGACACCAAUGGCCGCACGUGCUUGGCACCUGUCGAGCUCUUUAUGUUGCCCGACACGCGCUAUUCCAACAACUGGAUGGCGCUCGACGAAAGCAUGAACAGCCUCCCUGGUGCAAUGCUUUACGUAACUCCUGCGGCGGAGGCGCCGCCCGUUAAACCGGAGCCUCGGGAGAUCUAA